AUGGCAUCGAUCCACGCAAACCCCGACUUCAAUGCCGAGGAGCUCGCUCAGGGCCUGCGCAAGGCCAUGAAGGGCUUCGGCACCAACGAGAAGAAGAUCAUCGAGAUCCUCACCUCGUGCAACAACGAGCAACGCCAAGUGCUCAAGAAGCAGUUCAAGACCAUGUACGGCCGUGACCUCAUCGACGACCUCAAGUCCGAGCUCGGAGGCAACUUCGAGGAUGCCGUCAUUGCCUUCAUGAUGCCUCCUGAUGAAUACGACGCCCACUGCCUUCGCCACGCCAUGAAGGGUGCUGGUACGGAUGAGAAGGUGAUCGCCGAGGUGCUGGCCAUGCGCAGCAACGACCAGAUUGCCGCUAUCCGCGAAGCAUACCACCGCGUGUACGAUCGCGACCUCGAGAAGGACGUCAUGUCCGAGACAAGCGGUCACCUCAAGCGCAUCUUCGUGUCUCUCCUCCAGGGCAACCGCGACGAGUCUGAGGACGUGGAUGAGGACAGGGCCCAGGCCGAUGCGCAAGCGCUGUACGAUGCCGGCGAGGCAAAAUGGGGCACGGACGAGUCUGAGUUCAUGACCUCCGGCAUUGGCCAGCUGCGCGCGGUCGCUGAAAAGUACCACACGCUUGUGCGCGCUGUCGAGAAGGAGAUGAGUGGGGAUCUUGAGUUUGCGUUCAAGGCCGUGCUGCUGAGUGCGGUUGACCAGCCCGCAUUCUACGCCGAGCGCCUCUACAAGUCCAUGAAGGGCAUGGGCACCGACGACGAAACUCUCAUCCGCUGCGUCGUCUCCAGGGCCGAGACCGACAUGGAGCAGAUCAAGUCCCAGUUUGUGGACAAGUACGGCAAGAAGCUCGUCAAGAUGAUCAAGGACGACACUGGCGGGGACUACGAGCGCUUCCUCGUUGCCAUCGUUGGCGAGUAAACCGGCACCGUUUGCGCCUCUGGGCAUUCCGUGUUGUAUUUCACAAGCACUCUGCUUUGUUCGCCCGUUUGUUGCUUUG